AUGACACUUGGUGAUGUUGUUGGUGUUUCUCUUAAAGACCAAAUGUGCUUUGUUUUAUUUAAGAACGAUAUCACAAUAACCAAAAUUGAAAUGAAAAAUGAACAUGGGAAUGUGUUUAAUGAUGAAAUGAAGGAAUCUAAUAUCGAAAUUUUAAAAAACACAUAUCUUCAUUCUUCAACCCCAUUAAAUGAUUUUACACAGUACGAACAACAAAUAUUACAAAAGGCUUAUAUUAAAUUAAAAGAAACUAACCCAAGCAUAACUAAUCCAUCUGUUCAUACAAAACAAAAUACUAUUAUAGUUGAUUAA